CACCGAACAAGCCUUUCUGAUAGGAGGUCGGUGUAGCGCGUAGCAAUGGGCUCCAUUUCGGGUUUAUUAUCUGUGGUAGGAGCGGCAACUUUCUACCUCUAUCUCCUGUCCUCUUUCCUGCCGCCCGGACCGCAACAUCACCGGCGACAUGAGGUGGAGUUAAACAACGAGAGCGCAGAGGGAACCGGGGACAUGGAAGUUGUAGAGUACAGAUUUGCUGAGGGAGAUGAGGGUGGCUAUGAUCCUGUGCUUUAGCAGACACACUCGUCUUGGUUGGCAUUAUGUCCUCGUCCCAUCAUAUUUCACCGUACCUAAUUAUAAAGGAGUUUCAUGACCCUGGCAUCAUGUUUAUCAGCCCUGUACACUCCUAUUAGAGAACAGACAUCCAGAGGUGAUGCUACCCAGGACAUAACACUGGACACGGUGUGCUGAGGAAUACACACCGGACGGUUCUGAUGAGGUGCUACCCAGGACAUAACACUGGACGCGGUGUGCUGAGGAAUACACACCGGACGGUUCUGAUGAGGUGCUACCCAGGACAUAACACUGGACACGGUGUGCUGAGGAAUACACACCGGACGGUUCUGAUGAGGUGCUACCCAGGACAUAACACUGGACACGGUGUGCUGAGGAAUACACACCGGACGGUUCUGAUGAGGUGCUACCCAGGACAUAACACUGGACACGGUGUGCUGAGGAAUACACACCGGACGGUUCUGAUGAGGUGCUACCCAGGACAUAACACUGGACACGGUGUGCUGAGGAAUACACACCGGACGGUUCUGAUGAGGUGCUACCCAGUUCUGAUGAGGUGCUACCCAGGACAUAACACUGGACGCGGUGUGCUGAGGAAUACACACCGGACGGUUCUGAUGAGGUGCUACCCAGUUCUGAUGAGGUGCUACCCAGGACAUAACACUGGACGCGGUGUGCUGAGGAAUACACACCGGACGGUUCUGAUGAGGUGCUACCCAGUUCUGAUGAGGUGCUACCCAGGACAUAACACUGGACGCGGUGUGCUGAGGAAUACACACCGGACGGUUCUGAUGAGGUGCUACCCAGUUCUGAUGAGGUGCUACCCAGGACAUAACACUGGACACGGUGUGCUGAGGAAUACACACCGGACGGUUCUGAUGAGGUGCUACCCAGGACAUAACACUGGACACGGUGUGCUGAGGAAUACACACCGGACGGUUCUGAUGAGGUGCUACCCAGGACAUAACACUGGACACGGUGUGCUGAGGAAUACACACCGGACGGUUCUGAUGAGGUGCUACCCAGUUCUGAUGAGGUGCUACCCAGGACAUAACACUGGACGCGGUGUGCUGAGGAAUACACACCGGACGGUUCUGAUGAGGUGCUACCCAGUUCUGAUGAGGUGCUACCCAGGACAUAACACUGGACGCGGUGUGCUGAGGAAUACACACCGGACGGUUCUGAUGAGGUGCUACCCAGGACAUAACACUGGACGCGGUGUGCUGAGGAAUACACACCGGACGGUUCUGAUGAGGUGCUACCCAGUUCUGAUGAGGUGCUACCCAGGACAUAACACUGGACGCGGUGUGCUGAGGAAUACACACCGGACGGUUCUGAUGAGGUGCUACCCAGUUCUGAUGAGGUGCUACCCAGGACAUAACACUGGACGCGGUGUGCUGAGGAAUACACACCGGACGGUUCUGAUGAGGUGCUACCCAGGACAUAACACUGGACGCGGUGUGCUGAGGAAUACACACCGGACGGUUCUGAUGAGGUGCUACCCAGUUCUGAUGAGGUGCUACCCAGGACAUAACACUGGACGCGGUGUGCUGAGGAAUACACACCGGACGGUUCUGAUGAGGUGCUACCCAGGACAUAACACUGGACGCGGUGUGCUGAGGAAUACACACCUGAGAUCCUAACCACAGUGGCUUUGCCUUCCAUUCAUCCCAUAUAGCUCAACAAUUAGAUGUGAUACCAGCAGCUUAGGUUUCAUGGUUCAUGGUUCAUUCUGUUUGCGUGUGUCUGUCACGGCUGAGGAGCCUGAAACUUCCAGCAUCGAAACUAGCAGAGGCAGAAAUCCCAGAGCAAAAGCCGCUAUUUCUGUCCCAUAUCCUGUUUCAUACUCUCUCUCUCAAACACGUCCCUCUCUCUCCGCCAUCUGGAAACUUCUCCCUCUCUCUCUCUCUCUCUCUCUCUCUCAUGCCUGCACACGGGCACCAGCCAUGCCCACUUUAGUCUGUGUUUGACCUGUCUAUGAUGUCAGAUUAGGGUAUCCCCAGAUUCCCAAUACUCUAGAGAGUCAAGUUUAGACUAGUCAUACACCAGCAGACUGGGGGCUGAGCAUUAUGUCUUCCCUAUAUGACUACAACUACGGCUGUGUACUACGGCUGUGUGUACUACGGCUGGGCUGCGUAUACUGUGGCUGUCUGUACUAUGGCUGUGUGUACUACGGCUGUGUGUACUACGGCUGGGCUGCGUAUACUACAGCAGUAUAUACUAUGGCUGUCUGUACUAUGGCUGUGUAUACUACGGCUGUGUAUACUACAGCAGUAUAUACUAUGGCUGUCUGUACUAUGGCUGUGUAUACUACGGCUGUGUGUACUACGGCUGGGCUGCGUAUACU